AUGGCUCCUGGAAAGACGCGUCCUGGACGCUCGCUGGCUGACCAGCUAGCAGAUCUUGAAGAUCCUACUCCCAAGGAUUUUGAUCCUGAGGAUCUCGAGCGUGAUGGACAAUCCAGCGAUGAAGAGACUGGCAAAGUGUCAGAUAUGAAUGCUGGUAGAGAGCACUACCAGUCGGUUGGCAAAGCAAAACUUCGGAACGAGGAGCCCGUUACAUUGGGUAAGCAGUACGCUGGUUCUCAUGUUAGCAGAGAUGCCCUAGAUGCCGACAGCGACGAUGAUCCCUUUGCCGCGCAUACCGAUGACGACGAUGAAGAGGAUGAAGAGGAUGAAGAGGAUGAACAGGACCAAGAGUCCAGUGGAGGCUCCGAAAAUGAAGCCUCUGGAGAUGAAGCCUCGUCAAAUGAAGGUUCUGAAGGGUCAGAAACGCAAGACGAUAGCGAGGACGAAGUAGAAGAUGCAGUAGAAGAUGACAACGAGGAGGACCAGACUGAUCUCAAAAAGAAUUCGAAAAAGAAUCGGCAUGUUGAUCGGCCACAAAAGCAGGAUGACCGUGAGGAACUGCGCAAGUUAAUGGCAUCUGAUCAGAAAACAAUUGCUGCAACAAUUUCGCAGGCCGCCAAGGCAGAUGCUGCAAAGGGAAAGGCUGUGAAGGAGCAACGCACCACUUUUGACGCGCUUCUCAACACUCGAAUCAAGUUGCAGAAGGGAUUGAGCACGAUCAACGAGAUGUCAGAUGUGAUUGAGGGAGAUCACGCGGCAGAUACAAAUGAGACAGAAGAGGACUCGGAGACAAUCAAAUCGGCUGAAUCCGCCGCCAUUGCCCUUUGGUCUACUCUCGAAGAGCUACGCACCGUCUUGUCCGACGCUCACUCUAAAGAAGGCGCUAAAAAGCGCAAGCGUGCUUCUCCGGUUACUCCUGCAGCCACUACCUCUACUCUCUGGGAACGCAUGAAUAAACUCGAGUCUGAGUCCCUCCCUCAUCGUCGUUCGGUCCUUGAUAAGUGGUCUUCAAAGGUCCGUGGAACCUCAAUGUCUCGUCCCAACUCCGGGGGCAAGCUACUUGGCUCGGCAUCUGGCCUCCAGACUAUUACAGCCGUUCUUGAUGCUCAAGUCGCAACUGAGCUCGGCGAUCGCUCUUCCAAACGUGCUCGUCAGACUGCGACAGCCAAUGGCUCUGAUUCAACAGAUCAGAACCUACCAAUCUACGAUGAUACCGUUUUCUACCAAUCCCUCCUUCGCGAACUUGUCGAGCAACGCAUGUCCUCCGAAGCCAUCUCUGGCGGUCUCGACGCAUUGCAGCAACUCCCGUCUCGCCUUCCGAUUCACCCCAUCACGGGGAUGCGCAAUGACAAAGUAAAGCGAGAUGUUGACACCCGCGCCUCAAAGGGCCGCAAGAUGCGCUUCAACGUGCAUGAGAAGCUGCAGAACUUCAUGGCCCCGGAGGAUCGUGGUUCAUGGACCGGUCGGGCAAGAGAUGAAUUCUUUGCUUCCCUUCUGGGCAAAACGGCUAGUGGGCUGUUGGGCGAAGGUGAUGAGAGUGAUAGUGAUGUUGAAAGUGAUGGUGACCGUGAGGAGGGUGGCCUGCGUCUGUUCCGUGGUUGA